CCCCAGCUUGCGCGCCUACCAGAAACGAGGUUCACCGAUGCUGGCCAGGUGAAUCAUUCUGGUCUUGCAACAUGGUUCUAUCCUUCAUUCUCGUCCAGAAUCGCCAGGGCAAAACGCGCCUGGCGAAGUGGUACGCACCGUAUAGCGAUGAAGAGAAAGUCAAAUUGAAGGGCGAGGUCCAUCGCCUCGUCGCUCCCCGAGACCAGAAAUACCAGUCGAAUUUUGUCGAGUUCCGCCGCAGCACUAAGAUUGUCUACCGCCGAUACGCGGGGUUGUUCUUCUGCGUUUGCGUGGACGCUAAUGACAAUGAGCUUGCGUACCUGGAGGCUAUCCAUUUCUUCGUGGAGGUGUUGGAUCAAUUUUUUGGGAACGUGUGCGAAUUGGAUUUAGUUUUCAAUUUUUACAAGGUCUACGCUAUCCUGGACGAGGUCUUUCUUGCCGGCGAGAUCGAGGAGACGAGUAAGCAGGUUGUGCUUACGAGACUUGAGCAUUUGGAUAAGCUGGAGUGAUGAUGUGUUGCUACGAGUGCACGGUGAAUGGAUCGAGACCGGCGUCUCGAAUCCAUUGCACAUUGGGUCUUGAGAUUGCAUGGAGCGCAUCAAGUCAUGGGCAUGGCGUUAAUUUGUUUCAAUUUUCAGGACUGGCGCAUUACUUACUGUACUUACCUAUCGGGAUUGGGAAACAUUCGUGUGUGGUUGCAAGUUGAUUAAUUUGCGAAUUGUGUUAUUUGGUACAUAGGCGUUCAGGAGAACCAAAAUGAUGCCAUCGGUAUGGAAAGACAUGCCAUCACUAGGGGUUAAAUGUCGAAAUCACCAACCAAUCUGGAGACCCUGCCAAGAC